UGGGAAGGAGGAAAACACACACACACACACACACACACACACACACACACACACACACUCAUUUCCCUCCAUCCUCUUCCUCUCACUCCGCCCCCCGAGGGGCGGUACCCUGGUCCCUGGGGGAGGUUUAGGCCGAGGACCCGGGAGCGCGGCGGGCCGGGGAGAAGGGCUUGGGUCUCGCAGCCCCGGCCGGGAGGCCGGUGGUGCGGCGGCCCCUCCCCUGCGAUCCUUUCCCCUCCUCCCCGUCUCCUCCGCCCCAUCCUCCUCCGGGUCCCCGGCAGCCGAGGCUCUGGGAGCAGCCGGCGGCGCAGCGGCCGCGCAGCCUUUGUCUCGGGGCAGCCGGGCGGAGGGCCCAGCGCAGGCGCCAUCCAGAGCCCACGAAGUUGCACAGCCAGUUGUCACGAAGACGAUGAGGCUGUGAUUGAUGAAUCGCAAGUCCCAGCCUGUUGCUCCCAAAGACAGGCUCCUCCCAGCCCUUCCAGCUCCCCUGAGAUCCAAGCCAGCAGGAGGAACAUGCAGCCCCCGAAUCGCUGAGGCCCCUCCUAUUCCGCUUCUGCCUCACCGCCAGGGCCUCUUCCACGAUGGCCUGUAACCAAUCGUCCAUCGAGACCUACGAAUACCUGCUGCCCAACGGGAGCCACGAAGGGGACUCCAGGAUGCCCCCACCGCCCGCCACGCUCAGGAUGUCCCUGGCGGUCCUCAUGAUGCUGAUGGUCGUGGUGGGGUUCCUAGGCAACGCGGUGGUCUGCAUCAUCGUGUACCAGAGGCCGACCAUGCGCUCCGCCAUCAACCUGCUGCUGGCCACGCUGGCCUUCUCGGACAUCAUGCUGUGCUUGUGCUGCAUGCCCUUCACGGCCGUCACCCUCGUCACUGUCCACUGGCACUUUGGGGACUCCUUCUGCCGGCUCUCAGCCGCGCUCUACUGGUUCUUCGUCCUGGAGGGCGUGUCCAUCCUGCUCAUCGUCAGCGUGGACCGCUUCCUCAUCAUCGCGCAGCGCCAGGACCGGCUGAAUCCCCGCCGGGCCAAAGUAAUCAUCGCCGCGUCCUGGGCGCUGUCCUUCUGCGUCUCGGCGCCGGCGCUGGCCGGCUGGACGCUGGUGGAGGUGCCGGCGCGGGCCCCACAGUGUGUGCUGGGCUAUACCGAACUCCCGGCCGGCCGCGCCUACGUGCUGACUCUGGUGGGCGCCGCCUUCUUCAUUCCCUUUGCGGUGAUGCUCGGCGCCCACUUGGGCGUCCUGCACGCGGUGCGCAAGAACGCGGUGCGUGUGCACAACCAGUCCGAGCGCCUGGACCUGCGCCGGCUGCCCCGCGCCUGCCUGCGGCGGCUGCGGCGGCAGCAGCAGCAGGCCAGCCUGGACCUGAGUUUCAAGACCAAGGCCUUCACCACCAUCUUGAUCCUCUUCGUGGGCUUCUCGCUGUGCUGGCUGCCGCACUCGGUGUACAGCCUGCUGUCCGUGUUCAGCCGGCGCUUCUACUGCGGCCCCUCUUUCUACGCCACCAGCUCCUGCGUGCUGGGGCUGAGCUACCUCAAGUCCGUCUUCAACCCUAUCGUCUACUGCUGGCGGAUCAAGAAGUUCCGCGAGGCCUGUCUGGAGCUGCUGCCCCCCACCUUCCAGAUCCUCCCCAAAGUGCCUGAGCGGAUCCGGAGGCGAAUCCAGCCGAGCACCGUGUACGCGUGCACGGAGAACCAGUCCGCGGUUUAGGGGAGGGCCGAGCAAUAGCCACCAUCUACCCCUCACUUGACUUCCUGGGACUCCCGAGCAGUCAGCGCUUAGCACAAAGGGACCCGCUGGUCACCAGGGAAACGGGCUCCCGCGUUUGCACGAUGAAUUAUUUCUGUUUCUUGCUGCGGAACAUUAGUGCAGACCUGCUGGAAACCCGAAGGCCAUCAGGACCAAAGGGGAGAUGCGUGCAGUGAUGCAGGUGGUGGCGGUUUAGUCGCUAAGUCGUGUCCGACUAUUUCGACCCCAUGGACUGUAGCCUCCCAGGCUCCUCUGUCCAUGGGAUUUUCCAGGCAAGAAUACUGGAGUGGGUUGCUAUUUCCUUCUCCAAUGAACCUUCCUGACCCAGGGAUCAAACCCGGGGCCUUCUGCACUGCAGGCAGAUUCCUUACCAACUAAGCUAUGAGUGAUGCCUGAGUUGGGCUGAAAGUUAGGGAGGAAGGGGAGCAGUAGGGAGGUUGGCUGAGUGGCAGGAGGAAGGCUCUGUGAGCCCUCUCCAGGCCUGCCUUGGAGACACCAGGGUGCCCUGUUCUGAUGUGAGAAACCCCGGUGCGUCCAUCUCUGGGUGGUCAGGCAUUGUCCGCGGCGCCAGCAUCCUCCACAGGCGUUGGUGUCUGUGUGUGUGUGGUGGAAGCAUGCAGAGUUCUUUAUGUUGGUCAGAUGGGCAUUUGGGGUGAUCCCAAACCAUCAUUUCUGGAAACCAAAGUCACAUAGGAGGCAGAGGGGCCCUGGGCCUUUCAGCUCCCGUGUGACACAGGGGAGACCUUGGUGGCUCGAAGCCCAGAGAAUGUUCGAGGGCAGCUCAGCUGAGAGGAGAAGCCCACCCCACUGCUCAUGCAUGUCCUCAACCCUCCUCCCCGCCAUGGCCCCUUACCUGAAGCCACCUCUGGGCCAGCGGUGACAGCCCUGCCCCUUCUCUUCUUCCUGCUUCCUGCCCCGCCCCACCUGGCCCUCCUUCCAUCUGACCAAUGAGCGGGUACCACAUGCCUUGUCCUGCUGAUUCAUCAUUUCAGUACUUGUGUUGACUUGCUUUCAGGCUCAGAAGUGGCUGGGGGCUUUGUUUACAUGUUUCUCGUGAUGCCCUGAGGCCCGCCACAUCACCCUGUCACAGCGGCGGGAAUACAACCCCCACUGGGCUGCCUUUGUGACCUCUGUGUUCCUCUACCUCACGCAGGGCUGCAGGAGUCU